CAGGCCAUCACGGAAGCCAACCAUCCAUCCAUGGACUCCAUGUACACGGCUUCCUGCCACGGAAAGGCUGCCAACAUCAUCAAAGGCCCCCAUCCCACUCUGCUCCUGAAUGCUUGUUUGGCAGAAGUUUUUCCUGGGACUGAGCUGGUCUCACCCCGCGUCAGAGCAAAACUUGCAGGGGUUGCUAAGAGACGAAAUGGGGUGAACAUCUCCACGACGACAGUUGCCACGGGGACUGACGAUUCACUCCUGAAGUGGACACUGCUCCUGAUUCCAGUCACUACCUUUGGCCUCGGCACCUGGCAG